UCAAACAACUCCCCAAAAAAACUCCAAACCAAUCAAAAUGUUCGCUAAAGUGAUCAUCGUUGCCUGCCUGGCCAUUGCCGCCGUCAAUGCUGAAGCCAAUGCCAAACCUGGAUACCUGGCAGCCGGUGUCGCACCAGUAGCCUACUCGGCCGGAUAUGCCGUGGCUCCGUUGGCCUACGCCGGCUACCCGGUGGCUGCCGCCACUGUCUACAGUGCCCCACUGGUUGCCAGGUAUGCAGCCUACGCCGCGGCCCCUGUCGCUGCUGCCUAUGCUACUCCAUUCGUCGCCGGGCCAGUCGCGAAGACCCUUGCUGCUGCUCCAGCAUACCCCUACCUGAGGGCUGCUGCCGCCUAUCCGGCUCUCAUCUAAUUUCCAUCCCGAAAAUGAAAUCCAAAGAAAUUUUAUUUU